UCAAGUGAAGGUCAAUCAAUGCAACCGAAUCUCCCACAGAAUGACUCCCAGGACAGCUUCGGCACAACACAAGUGCAAAGAGGUUACAAGAGACAACUUAUAUGCUGACUGGGAUAUAAGCUGGCGUCUCCUUGGCAACAGGCUGUAAACUCAAAGCUGCUUCAGGCAAAUGUGCAAUGAAGACAAAGGACUGACCCUUAAAAGACAAGGACGCAAACACAGGAACUAAUUUAACUUCAUUUAACUCAAACAUUUCAGUCCAGAGAAGUAACAAACUGCUUACACAGAACUCUGGAGCAUGAAUAAACAUGAAAGAAGCAGAUUUGUGGAGCAGCUAUUGAAGGACGAGCUUGAGGCUGUGGCUCUGGGACUGGAGCAGGGAGUCUACACCUGGGAAGAGAUUGACCUGCCUCAUGAUUCAUGGGGCUCCACUCCUCUUAUCACUGCCUGCAGGAUGGGUCUUACUAGGGUUAUGCAUUUCCUUCUGAAAGGAGGAGCCGAUGCUACACUGUGUAACAAUAGCAAUCAGACAGCUCUUCAUGUUAGUCAACCAGCACUCAAGGGAGAGCUGUUGACGGCUAUGAUCAGAGACGUACCCCAUCAGAGGCAGCUCUCACUAGCAGCCUGGAGGGGAGACCUCUGCUGUCUACAGGACCUGAUGGUCCAGGCAGACUUGUUGGAGUUAAAUAAACAGAACAGAGAUGGACUGACCCCACUGAUGCUGGCUGUAAGGGAUGUGGAUCUAUUUGAAGGAUUUGAGACACCAUGGGAAUAUCAACCUGUGGAAGUGGUGAAGGAACUUAUGUCUUUUCCAGUUGAUAAGAAGAUCCUUGAUGGAAGAGGUCAUACUGCUUUGUGGUACGCUUCUCAUAUCAAGAGCACCAAGAAAGAAAAACUCUUCCAUAUAAUGGAUUCUUCAAUGCAAACAGGUAAAAUACUAUAUAUUCAUUUUAUUUUGCAAUGUGGAAGUAAGCUGUUCUGUAAAAGUGCAGUAAAUGGUAAAUGUAAUAAGGUGGAUAAAACAAUUAUUUUAUCUUCAUAAACCAUGGACUAGAUGUACAUUAUGUAUAAUAAUUUCAUAUUUUAUA